ACCAGGAUCACUUCCUUAAUUCACCAUUUAUUAUUCUCAUCCUCCUUUUUCAGUUUCACAAACAACAAGAGUUUGGUUCAGGAUUCAUGGGGGAUUCUUCAUCAUCAUAUAUUCACAUGGUGCAGCAUCUGAUCGAGAAGUGUUUGAUCUUCAACAUGACCAAAGAAGAGUGCAUGGAAGCACUCUCCAAGCAUGCAAACAUCCAACCUGUCAUCACUUCUACUGUUUGGAAUGAACUUGAAAAGGAAAACAAGGAAUUCUUUGAAGCCUAUGCACGAUCCCAAAGCAAACAAGGUCGAAUGUCAGAGGAAGAGACAAGUCAAAUGAUCCAGAAGAUGAUCUCGGAUUCCCCUAAGGACCCUGACGACUAACACUUCCAUCUUAAAGGUUAUCCCUUCCGUGUUCUGGUUGGUAGCUGGCCCUCUCCUCCACCACCCGCCCUCCUUCAACUUCCUUCAAAUCCAGCCAGACAAUAUAGUGUCUUUAUUGAGAGUCCCUUUGGACCACCCCUGAGGUGGUCCUAUUGCACAUGUUUAAUAAGGAAGACCAUGGAGUAUUAUCAUGGUCCCCAUUUCCAAAUAAAAUCUAGACUACCCUAAAGCGAAUAACCAAUAAUUAGAUGCCAUGUCAUCAUGGCAUAAUCAAUAAUUACAUGUCAAUGUAAGCAAUUCGAGGAAAAAUAUGAAGGAGAGUAGUCUAUAUGUGUGAUAUAUAUACACACACAAGAUAAAUAUAUACAAAGGAUAGUUAUGGUUUUCUAUGAUGAAAGAAAACAGAGGUGACAACAUCUGGAAUCUGCGCCAUCCUUUGUUUCUG